UAAUAAAAUGUACGAAGUAACUGCAAACGGUGAGCCAUUUUGGAAUGAUCCCGAAGUUUUGCUAACAGUCUUAGUGGCUGUAUUGAUUGCUGAUAAUUUGUGGAGCAUAUUCUUAAUGUUAAGGGAGAUUCGUGUCGUAUAUGCUGUGCAACAAGUUCCGGGGGAGCUGCGUCCCUACUUACCACAAACUUUAUUUGAGACUAUGCGGGCCAAUAAGCUGCAUAGAUGCUGGUUCACUCUAGUCAAUAGAUUGUGCGUUGUGGUUAUUUUGGGUAGCUUGGAACUCUACCUUGGAUUGUAUCCAUUCAUUUGGAAACUAUCGUUGAUGUGUGCGAUUUGGAAGUGGAUGGAGCACGAAGUUGUCAUUUCCAUCGUAUUUGUUAUUUUGCUUAGCACAUAUUAUUACAUUAAGUCUCUGCCGGGGGCUAUUUACGAUCGUUGGUGCAUACCCAGCAUGAUUAAGCGACCCAAUAUCCCUUGGAAAUAUCGCAUAUUGCGUGUUUUUCUGGAUACCCUUUUGUCGUUAUUUCUAAUGACUGUCUUUGUUACAAUUGUUGUAUUCGUGGUGAUCGCAUUGGGAAAAUACUCCUUUUUAGGACUUUACGGAUUAGCUUUAAUUGCGAUGUUAUUAGUUAUAUUACUAUUACCGAUUCUAAUUGAUCCAUUUUUGGGCAACCGUGUACCGUUACAAAAUGCAGCAUUGAAAAGAGAUCUGGAGCGUCUAACGGAAUCAGUGGGAUUUCCAUUCGAUCAAGUCCACAUCAUACAGGUUCAUGACUCCUCAGGUGGCAGCAAUGCAUUCUUCUUUGGCAGCUGUUGCCUCAAGCGUAUUGUCAUAUUCGAUACGCUUUUGCUAAAUCGAGGACUUGCCAAUACAUCUGAGCUUCGACCGGAAGAGGUCGGAAAGGGAUUAUGCGAUCCUCUAGUGGUGGCUGUGGUGGGUCACGAACUGGGUCACUGGGCUCAUGGUCAUUUCUACAAAGCUAUAAUUAUGUUAAAGGUUCAUCUGUUCGUAACUUUGUGUUUAUUUGCCAUAUGCUUUCCCCAUGGCCCGAUAUACCAAGCAAUUGGCUUCGAGCAAGGAUUACAGCCCAUAAUUGCUUGGCUUUCUGAGUUAUCUUUCGGAUAUGUUCUAACACCGUACAUGACGCUCUCCAAUGUGUGCAUGCUCACCAUGACGCGUAAUUUUGAAUAUCAGGCUGACAAAUUCGCUUUUAAGCUGGGAUUUGCCGCUUCACUCAGGGAAGCAUUGCUGAAGCUAUAUGCAGAUAAUUUAACGUUUCCUGUGUCAGAUAGUUGCUACUCUAGCUGGAAUCAUACACAUCCCACAAUGUUGAGUCGUAUAAGGAGACUAAAUCGCCUCGAGCAGGAAAGCUAAUC